AUGAAUCAAUUUGAUUAUAUUUCACGACAACUUAUGAUUGUUGCUGGUAUUAUUAUGAUUAUAUUUGGUUUAACUGGAAAUAUUUUAAAUAUUUUUGUUUUUACUAAUUGGUCUCGAUCUCGAACAACAACAAACAGACAACUUAAAAGAAUUCAAACAGGUAAUAGUCCUUUGUAUCUAUUUAUUUCAUCAAUAUCUAAUUGUAUUGUUAUUGCCUACUCAUUAACCACUCGAAUUUUAUUUGAUGGCUAUCAAUAUCCAGUGACACAAAACAAUAUGCUUUUUUUAUGUAAAUUACGAUAUUAUGCUUUACAUACAUUUGAUACCAUAUCUUGGGCAUGUCUUUGUAUGGCAAUGCUUGAUCGAUAUUUAGUAUCAUCACGAGAAGUUCGUUUAAGACAAUUAAGUAAAACAAGACAACAAACAAAAUCAAUUAUUUUAUUAAUUAUUUGUUUGAUUGGAUUACAUAGUAUACCUCUUGCUAUUUAUUUUGAUGUUUCAAAAUUUGGUCAAUGUAUAAUUUAUUCGACUAGUUAUUUAUAUUAUUAUCGAUAUGUAUUUCAAAUAUUUCUACAUGGUAUAAUACCAAUAAUUAUCUUUUCUUUUUUGGGUUUUUUAACAUUUAAACAAUUAAAAAUGAUUAGAGGUAGACAAAAUGCUAAUAAAAAUAUAAAUGUUGAUAAACAAUUAUCACGAAUGUUUCUAUUAAUGUCUGUUACAAUUGUAUUAUCAGCUACCCCGUAUUCGGUUGAAAAUAUUUAUUAUUUAAUAUUUGCAAAUAGUAGUCAACAACAAACAUCAUAUGUUUUUUUCUUUCACAUUAUAUCUUCAAUUUUAUUUUAUACUAAUGCAGUAUGUAGUUUUUAUGUGUAUUAUAUAUCAACACCAAAUUUUCGUAUUCAAGUACACAAAACAAUUUUUUGUCAAAAAGAUUUGAAUAGAUUUAUGAAUAAUCGAGUCAAUACAAUAACUACGGCAUAA